GUUGAGCUGUCACAUCAGGUCGUAUUGUCAUUUCUCGAAAUAGCUGAACAUAAAGAUGUGUUUAACAUUUUGACGGUAUACUAUGGAGCAGCUUAGUCUUUACUACAACAGUAUUACUGUAACUACUGUAACAGUGCUAGCUAAUGCUAGCUAGCAAAAGCGUUCAUUCUGUCAUAACGUUACAGCAGACAGAGCAGCGCUGUUAGACGCAUUUUUUGCGUAAGCUUUUUCACCACCCACGUCGUCUGAAGCAGUGUACUCAUGGCAAAGAGUGUCGGUCGAUUAUUCAAGGUUUUUCAACGCCUCCGUUCACUCACACUCAUAAAAACUCUUCUCAGCCACCCAUCGACCAGUUCGCCAGUGGGGACCUUUGUACGGACAAUUGCGGAGCUGCCAUCACCCUUCAUGUUAAAGCCCCGGGAUUUUAGCCUGCCUAACUCCUCAUGGGGCCCUGAAAUGAUGCGGUUGUAUGAACAUUACAACAGCCAGUGUGAGGUGGAGACUGAGGACGGAGAGAAACGGGAAGGGCCGUGGAGGAGACUGCCGAGCUACAAUCGCCUCCUCAAGUAUGCAACAGGUGGACUGUACCUGAGUAAGAUGAUCCAGUCAAAAGCUCGUCUUUUUACCAGGAACAUCAGAGAGCCCGGGGCAGCAUUUGAGUAUGUUUUGUUUGCUAACAGUGAGCAGAAGAGGUGUGUUGCCAUUUUCCAGGUUGGACAUCUACUGGAGGGGCCACCAGGACAUGUCCACGGGGGGGCAAUAGCUACCAUGAUUGAUACUGUGACAGGGACUCAAGCUGCUCUACUCUGUGGGCCCGUCGUGACUGCCAACCUGAACAUCAACUACCGCAGCCCCAUCCCACUGGGAAGCACAGUGCUGGUUGAAUCCUCUCUGGAUAAGACAGAAGGCAGGAAAAUAUUCAUGUCAUGUAAAGUGACCAGCACCGACGGCUCCAAAGUGCACACGGAGACAUCAGUGUUGUUCCUGUCGAUCAGUAUCAGCCACCUACUAUUUUGAGUUUGACACAAAUGCACCAGCCUACCGCCUACCCAAGCACUGUCAGCAAGCUGAGGCCAAGACUGUGUGUGUGUCAUCGGUUUGAAGUAAUUUUUUUGCAGAGUGUACUUAUUUGUGAGGUCAUGUCAAGAGAUCAUUUCUUUAAAUACAACAUUGUUGACCUUUUAUUAUAUCCUAAUAUUCAUGCAUGGGUUCAGUGCACAAUUUCAUGAUGUACCUUUACUUGGCUACCUCAGUCUUUGUAUUACUAACAGUCCAUAUAAGCAUUAUUUUAUAGUAUUGAUGGUUUUAUAACAGUGGGGCCUUUUGUAAAUGAGGUUAUUGCUGAAAAUGUGCUGUGCAUGACUAGUAAGCCUUACCUACCUAAAUACUGCAAUUUCCCAGCUUGGGAUAAAUAAAGUAUAUCUAUCUAUCUAUGUUCUAUAAAUUAUACAAACCAUGGUUGUCAACAAAUGAAGCUGUUUGCAACAGGGAAUAUGUCUUCCUUUUUGAGUAAUAUGGAGGUUUGUGUUUAUGAACAGGUGAACACUUGAAUAAGAUGUAGGAUUAGCAUCGAACCUACUUUCAAAAAAUUUGAAAGUAGGUUCAAGUAUGACAGAAGCAAAGUCAAAGUCAUACAAAAGUAGAUUUUUUACCAAACUACCUGUACCUCUGAACUGUUCUUUUAAAUCAGUCUCCUGAUCAGAUUUUAUUUAUCUUUGUUAGUGUAACUGCUAAUAUGACUAACAGCGUGUGUGUGUGUGUGUGUGUGUGUGUGUGUGUGUGUGUGCGCGCGCACCUACGGGAUGUACGUAUCGAUUUAAUACUUAUUUUGAAACUCAGUGUUAGCUGUCACUUGGUGCAAUCAGAGGGAUGCAAUUUUUGUAAUAUUUCAGCUAACAAGACUUAUGCUUCUUGCUUACAUGUUUUAAUUUUGAUUUCCAGGUGAGCGUUGUUAACUUUUACCCCACCAUGUGGUGGAUGUGGUUGUAUUUUAAUAUGUCGUAUGAAUUUUCAUGUCAUGAGAAUAUCUUGGACACAAAGUGGUUUCAUUAUGCUAAAUGUGUGCUGAUAAACAGCUGAGAGCAACAAGAGCAAAAUUAUGGCCAUACAGAUACUGGACUGAGUGACUAAAUGUUGAGGACACCAUUGCAUUUGAUUUUCAUGUUGGACUGUGUGACGUGCAAGUGAAUGUAACUCUUUCUGGUGUUGAUGCAACACUAAUGUUCUAUUGUGCUUGACAUGUUGGGGGAAGGAAGAAAUAGACCUCAACGUAUCAUCUAAUGUUAACGUUCAUCUGUUCUGCAGGAUUCAAGCAAGAUGUAAGAAGGAUCUAAAAACGUAGCAGUUGUCUUGUUAACACAUCAUGUUGUUUUCAGUCACUUCUGGUUAUAUUGGUAAAUAAUUUCUGAUAAAAUCCACUCAUGUGUUUGACGUGUAGAUUACAAACCUGAUUCCAGAAGUUGAGACACUGUAAAACAGAAUACACUGACAAGUUUUACAAAGUGUUCCUGAGCCCAUGCAGUAACAUCCCUUAUACAAUCAUUUGUUCACAAAGUGCUGAACCUCGCUCCAUCCUCGCUUGUGAACAAAUGAGCUUUUCCAGGAUGCUUCUUU